ACUUCAAUCUUCAACAUGGCACACGUAGACGAGCAGGACGUAGUUAUUCAGAAAAUACGAGAAAUGGAAGGCGAAAUCAAUGCACUCAGACAACAGAACCGCAAUCUGAAACACGAAUUCGAGAAUGUGCAACUUGGUCAGGCCAGAGGCCAUGCCCCACCUAAUGACCAGUUGCGAAUUAGCCUACCCAUUUUAAACAAAACUACAGACAGAGACUACUAUCGCUUUGAAACCACAGCCAAAGCCGUUGCCUCAGCCAAUGGAUGGACCGAUCAUCAAACGAUCAAAGCCGUGAUUGCUAGCGUGAGAGAGGAAGCACUAGACUUGCUUCGACCUGCAAUCCGUGAUCCAUCGGUCUUUAGAACCAUCGACGACUUUUGGUACCGAGUUCGUAAGCAAUUUGUCUCUCCUGCCCAUCAACAAAUAGCCCGCACAGAAUACCAAAGAAGACAUCAGAGACCACGGGAGGACAUCAGCACCUUCCACACUCAACUCCAUCAAUUAUGGGAAGAUGCCUAUUUAGAAGAAGAUGAGCCUUGGAGAUCUAAUCUACAGAUGCCAGAACCUUACACAGGAGCACGAGCCGACCCAACAGGGUACCGAUCAGUUAAGCUUAUUAAUCAGUUUCUCACAGGCUUGAUGGACUACGAGGUCCGCAAGAGCAUCAAGGAUGCAGCCAGCCUUGGGCACGGUAUCACCACAUACCCAGACGCCCUCACGCGAGCACUCGAGUUUUACGCUAAUAAGGAACAGGCUCGCAUGGAGAAAAGACGGUUAAUGGCUGAUCAUGGUCCCUCAUUCACACAGCGCAGACCAGAGUACUUCCAACCCCGUGAUCGGACGGAACCAAUGGAAGUAGGGAUUAUCCAAACUCAGUCUUCAGCCGCCCCGAAAUGGUGUCGCUAUCACAAGACGAAAUCUCACAACGACGAAGAGUGCCUCGCCCAGCAGCGACGGCCACCUAAGGACAAGCAUACACCCAAGAGAGAAGCCAAAGGCAAACCCGACACGGCUAAGUACGGUAACACUUGUAAACGUUGUGACGGUAAGGGACACUGGGCUCGUCAAUGCCCCAGUAAACCAUCGAUUAAAGAAGAAAUCCCUAGAACUAAACAGUUUUCUCAACUUCAGAGUCACGCGCACAUGACCGAGCAAGGAGAGGAAGAGCAGCCGCCUGCACCCUCUUUCGAACAAUGGAACAAACAAGAAGCUUCGGAUCCACACAAUUUCUUCGUUGAUUCCCAUGUCAAUCUCGUCAGUCGGAACCCAGCGAACCAAGUACCCGCCUUCAUCAAAUUGAAGAUUGGGAAGAGUAUCACGCAUAUGCUAGUGGAUACUGGUAACCUGACACACAAUUUAAUUGAUCACGAAUUGUUCCAGCGAGCAUAUCCAGAUCCCGCUAAACGCCCUAGUAUCAAACCGCAAACAACCCCGGUCACUGCCGCCGGACUUCAGCCACUCGAAGUAAUUGGAAUAUCCGACAUUCCCCUCAGGAUCGAAUCCGUUCGAGAUGAAUGGAUUGCACGAUGUCUGAUUGUGAAGCAAUUGGGUACCAAUGCCAUCUUAGGAGCCCCAACGAUGAAAAAGAUGCCACUGAUGGCCGAUCUACAGCAAGCCGUUGCUUAUAUUGGGCCUAAGGGCCAACGUAUCCCGCUAUACAGCCGCUAUGAAGUAGCCCAAUUUGCUAAUCAACACAAUGAAGACGCCAGCUGCCACGCUAUUGACGUUUGUCUGGUCAGGGACACGGUUUGUCCCCCUUAUGCAAUGAAAACGGUCCAGACCAAACCCGCAGCUAGAAACGCCAAGAACGCUGAAAUAACCGCUCAGAGAGUCCAAGAAGCAAUUGAUACAGACGGAAUUUUCAUUCCACAUGCUCAAACCAAGCUUGACCGAAAACGAGCCAAUGCCUUCGUAGCCAUAGUAUCUACUAAGAAGGGAACCACAGAGAUACCCGUAUUGAAUACUACCGAACGGCCAGUCACAGUUAAAGCCGGCACCCGACUCGGUACAGUAUAUACUAUUCACUCUAAUGAACAAUCGAAACUUUGUUCUCCCACGAAAGGUCCCGAGCCCAAAUAUGAACACUUAGAUACCGAGAAAGACGAAGCCACCAUCCGCCAGAUGUUAUGGGACUUCAUUGGAGCGCCACCCAAAGCUGACAAGAACGGAUCCCAAAAGAGAGAGAGCAUUCACAAGUUGUUCAAAGACCAGAUCCGCCAGCACCCCAAGCUCACAGCCACGCAAAAGAAGCUGACAGAGGAUUUGCUCUAUCGGUUCUAUCAUGUACUUUCUCAAUCCAAAUACGAUGUUGGUAAAACCGAUCUCAUCGAGUUCCAGGUUGACACCGGAGAAGCCAACCCAGUCAAGGAUUUAGUCCGACCACUCAACCCACUGAUGAGAGCUGAUCUUCGAAAAACUUUGGAUGAAUGGCUCAGCAAUGGAAUCAUAUCGCCCAGCAUGUCAGCAUGGUCCUCCGCACUGGUCCCGGUUAAGAAGAAAGACGGAUCGUGGAGAUACGCCGUCGACUACCGAUCACUCAACAAAGUCACCAAACGAGACUGUUUCCCGGUAGCUCACAAUCUUGAACAAUUGGCUAACGAGCAAUUAUUUAAAGCCAGCAUGUUUAUAAGUAUCGAUCUAGCAGGAGCAUAUUUGGCCAUACCUGUCAGACAAGAAGACAAAGAGAAAUUAGCCAUGGCCACACCUGUCAGACAAGAAGACAAAGAGAAAUUAGCCAUGGCCACACCUGAAGGAUUAUUCGAGUUCAAUAGAAUGCCCUUCGGAGCUAUGAACUCAGGCAACACAUAUGCUAGAUUAAUGAAGAUUGUCGUAGGAGAAUUAGUCGAGCAAGACAAAUGUCUCUCAUACUUCGACGAUCAUCUCAUUCUUGCUAAGACAUUUCUACAAGCUCUAUUCAGAUUUGCAGAAUUCCUUCACGCAGUAGAGAGAGCCAACCUAAGAGUAGGUCCAUCCAAGACGGAGCUAUUCACUGAGGAAGCCGUAUGGCUCGGACACCUGGUCAAACCCGGUGGUCUCACCCCAGCCGAGCGCCUCACAGAAGCCGUACGCGAAUGGCCUGUACCGACGAAUCUCAGCGAGUUGCGAACGUUCUUAGGAAAGUGUUCGUACUAUCGUAAGUUCAUCCCGAAAUUCAGUCAUAUUGCAGAACCGAUGAAGGAGCUCCUAUGCAAAGACACUGAAUUCGUAUGGACCGAAACUCAGCAACGAGCUUUCGAAGCCCUGAAAAAGAAGUUAUGCGAGAAGCCAGUCCUCGCCCAUCCAGACUUCCACGGCACCAAACCGUUCAUUGUUGACACGGAUGCUUCAGGAUUCGCUACAGGCGCGGUACUCUCUCAGAAACAAGAUGACGAUACUUUCUGUUGGGAAGAAAGUUCCUGAUACGCACAGAUCAUAUGGCAUUAAAAUGGUUAAUGACUUCGAUGUCAUUGAGAGGGCAGCUCCUCAGAUGGAGAGAAGAACUCCAAGAUUAUGAUUUCGAAAUUGAUUACCGACCAGGAUCCGCCCAUGGGAAUGCUGACGCCCUUUCUCGCCGACCCACGUCCGAGGAAAACCCAGCACUUGAGAUCGAAAUCACCCCAGAAGAUCGCCAAAUGUACCAAAAGUUAGGAAUCAAACCUCCCAAUACUGGCGCCUUUCGCAAGGUCCAGGUCAACGCUAUCACCCGCAGCCAAGCCCGGCAGAUAGCCACCCUCGAAGAGGAGGUAGAAGAUGAUUGGUCACCCCCCCCGUCGGAGAGCGAAGAACCGAAUGUACAAGAUUACCCUGAUGAUCCAGAAGCCAAUAAAUCACCCAACUCCCCAUGUUUAUGUGAGGACCGAACGCCCAAUGAUCAAGUUCAUCAACAACUCGCCCUCCAAGAUGAAACCAACGGAAAAGAUUGGACCGAAGAGGAACGCCCCAACAGCGAACCCGCAGCACAAAUGGCUAAGUAUCACCUACCUACAGAACAAAAGGAGGAUGCCACGCUCAAACAG